AUGGCUGACGAUGAUAAGAAUGACGCACAUUCAUUAGAAUCGGACAAAUCAAUGAAUCAGGCAGGACUGGGGGAAGUAGAUGCUGUUGUAGAGAUCAAAGAUGAACGACAAAACCAACUUCUGUACAAAGUGGCCGACCACCCUCCAGUAUACCUGACAAUAUUCUGUGGUCUACAGUCUCUGUCUGGAAAUAUGGCAAUUUCCCUUCUGGUUGCUGAUGUGACGUGUGCAACUCACCUGGAAGACAUUAAAACAACACUUCUUAGUUCUACACUUCUGAUGUCAGGGGUUGUAACAGUGUUUAUGACUCUAAUCGGUUCAAGACUUCCAUUAUUCCAAGGAGCAGCAAGUGACUAUCUAAUUCCUCUACUAGCUCUGCAGGUUCUGGAUAAGACCAGAUGUGAUUUUACAGACAACAUAAAGUCUGAUUCCAAUUCCACAACUGCAAACACAUCUGUCAUAAUAGACCAUAUAGAAUACAUACUGAACAAUAUCCGAGAGGUACAGGGAAGCCUUGUGGCUGCUGGAACAUUUCAAUUUCUAAUUGGAGCUACAGGUCUAGUCAGCCUCCUGCUAAAAUUCAUAGGACCAAUCACCAUUGUCCCCACUCUCUUUUUGAGUUGCAUUUUCAUCGUCAGAGCAUGCGUCAAAUUUGCUUCCGUUCACUGGGGUGUUGCACUGCUGGUUACAGCAGUGUCCCUGAUUUUGUCGUUGUAUCUUAGUCAUCAUAACACACCUAUACCAAUGUGGACGAGAAAGAAGGGAUUUCACAUUCUCUGGUUUCCAUUGCACCAAGUUUAUUCGAUUCUAAUAGGAAUUUUGAUUGGUUGGUUGGUAUGCGGCGUCAUGACAAUAGCAGGAGUUUUUGCUCCGGACGAUAAGCUGGCCAGGACUGAUACCGGAUUGAACGCCAUUAGAGAGGCUGCUUGGUUUCGCAUACCUUAUCCAGGACUGUUUGGUCCCAUUUCAUUUAGCACAAGUGUUUUUACUGAAUUCCUAAUAGGAACCAUUACAUCAACUCUCGACUCUAUCGGUGACUACUACGCAUGCGCAAAAAUGAGUAAUGUUCCACCUCCACCUUCACACAGCGUAAAUCGUGGAAUCGCUAUGGAAGGGUUUUUUAGUCUCAUAGCAGGCUUUAUGGGAUGUGGACACGCCACAACCACAUAUGGCGGAAACAUUGGAGCAAUAGGAGUGACUAAAGUUGCCAGUCGAGACGUUUUCCUUGCUGUUGGUGUUAUUUAUGUUUUAUUCGGAAUUAUAGGAAAAGUUUCUGCAGUUUUUCUAUCCAUUCCUCAAUCAAGUCUUAGGCGGAGCGCUGAUUGUGAUGUUUGGCAUGUUUAA